UGUUUCCACAGUCAGUCAGUGAUGCGGAAGAUCAAUGAAGAGAAACAGUAAAACUGCGAAAUAUUAACGAAGUCAAGGAUACCGGACUGGGCGCUUGGAGUGAGAGUACGGGGCUUGAGAGAUGACACCUAUAGCCCCCUUCACAAGAUAGUUAACAAUACGUAAUCUGCCUGUUUUAACUUACACGAAAAUGGAGCCAAGCAAUUUACAGUAACCAGCUAGCUAGUUGCUAGCCCAGGUGAACUUAAUGUUCUGAAGCCGGUCAGGACAAAGCGCAUAAAUAUACCGCUGAUGUUAACGCACAAACAAUUUGUGCUUAUGGUCAGUGUUUUUUAAAACGUUGAACGUUAACUAGCUUGCUAGAAACGUAGGCUACAUCAGUUGUUAAACAGACAAAUGAGCUUACCGGGUAUCAGUCGGUAGAUACCCAAGUUGUGUAGCUAAGUCCCUAGCAGGUCUAGCUAGCCUAGCAAGCUAGUGCCAGCCUGCUAGUUUGCUGGGCAAGAUAUAACUAGCUAGCUGAGUUACACAUACAAGCAAUAUUUACAAAAAAAUACGCUAUGGAGAACAAGGACAAAGUACAACUGAGGACUCACCCACGCAGACAGCUGAAGAAGCUCAGUGAGGACAGUUUGACCAAGCAGCCUGAGGAGGUGUUUGAUAUGCUGGAGAAGCUGGGUGAAGGGUCUUAUGGAAGCGUGUUUAAGGCCCACUAUAAGGAGACCGGUGAGAUUGUGGCCAUAAAGCAGGUUCCUGUGGAAUCUGACCUACAGGAAAUCAUCAAAGAGAUCUCCAUCAUGCAGCAGUGUGACAGUCCACAUGUCGUCAAGUACUAUGGGAGUUAUUUCAAGGACAGCGAUUUAUGGAUCGUGAUGGAGUUUUGUGGCGCCGGCUCCAUCCUGGACAUCAUUCGCCUGCGGAACAAAACGUUAACUGAAGAAGAGAUCGCGACUGUGGUGCAGUCGACGCUGAAGGGGUUGGAGUACCUUCACUUCAUGAGGAAGAUCCACCGGGACAUCAAGGCUGGGAACAUCCUCCUGAACGCCCAGGGGCAGGCCAAGCUGGCCGACUUUGGUGUGGCGGGACAGCUCACGGACACAAUGGCCAAGCGGAACACGGUCAUAGGAACGCCCUUCUGGAUGGCCCCAGAGGUGAUCCAGGAGACCGGGUACAACUGCCUGGCAGACAUCUGGUCCCUGGGCAUCACUGCCAUAGAAAUGGCGGAGGGCAAACCCCCGUACGCAGACAUCCAUCCCAUGAGAGCCAUAUUCAUGAUCCCCACCAACCCUCCACCCACACUCCGAAACCCGAAACAGUGGUCUGAACCGUUUCUGGAUUUUGUCUGUCAGUGCUUGGUGAAGAACCCUGAGAACCGUGCUCCAGCCACAAAGCUGCUGCAGCACCCUUUCAUUAAAAACGCCAAGUCCAACAGCAUCCUGAAAGCGCUGAUCACAGAUGCCAUGGAGAUCAAGCUGAAGAAAAUGGAAGCCCAGCAGCGAGAGCAGGACCAGGAGGAUGAGGAGAACUCGGAUGACGACGAGGUGGACCAGGGGACGAUGGUCCGAGCAGCACCCUCAGACUCCGGGACCAUACGGGCAGCAGGCUCCCUGGGGGAACCCGUCCGCACGCUGAUCGAGCACGACGGCACCAUGGUGUCACAGAUGGGCACCAUGGUGAUCAACUCUGACGACGAAGACGACGCAGGCACCAUGAAACGGGUGGAAGAGACUGUGCAGCCGGCCAAGCCCUCAUUCCUGGAGUACUUUGAGCGGAAGGAGGAGGAGGGCAACCACCAUGGCGGGGCCGGAGACGCCGACCACAAUACAGACAACCGCAAGCUGCCGGCAGAGAGCGACAUGAAUAUGAUGCGGAGCUGGAGUGUGGACGAGCUGCGGGUAAGACUGGCCUCCCUGGAUCCUCAGAUGGAGCAGGAGAUCGAAGAGAUCCGACAGCGCUACCAGGCCAAGCGCCAGCCCAUCCUAGAUGCCAUUCAGGCCAAGAAGCGCCGGCAGCAGAACCUGUGAGCAGCGGGCCCUGCUUGGUCCAGCUGGGUUUCCACACGGAUCAAUACGGGAGCUCACUCCGUCGCAAAGCUGGACUUUUAAAUGCAAUUCUUUUCUUAUAGUCUUAUCAUACUUGACAUAAGGUCGCAGUGCUGUGAGUGAAAACUGCCAAACAGGCAUUCUUUUCUUUAAUUUAUUGCAUCUUUUUCAGGGUUGAUGUACUCUUUUUUUUCAGUAUUUCUUUUUUUUAACCACCCUCGUAUUCCAUAAUUUCUCCCAUCACCUAGAGGGUUAGAGAUGGGGUACUGAGUGACAGGGCUAGUGCACUAGGCAAACAAGCCUGCAGUGCUGGUGCUUAGUAUUUGGACUAUGGUACUGAGUAGUAGAGCUAAUGUACUGAGUUACAAGAGUGUGGUACUGAGUGACCUGGGUUACAAGUAACAGUGUUGUAGUCAGGACAAUGAGAACCACACUGUAGAAAUCACAAAUGCACUGUUUAUAUUUAAGCGGAAUGAUUUUUGAGUGCAUUGGUUUAUACUUUUGUUAAUUUUUCUAACCGUUUUGAUGUGUUUUUGGUACUUAUAGCAGUCUGGAAUACAGUGCACUAUCAUGCCCCCCCCCACAGGCAUUUACUGUGAGUGAGGGGUUUUGCUCUAUUUGACGUCACAACAAACAAACAGGGACAAACAGGCGCUUGAGGAAUGUAGCCGUCGUCCAUCCCGGGGCCAUGGAGGCAGGGGAGCCCUGGCAGGAGGGUGUCUGUGGAAGCGCUCAUGUUCUCACACACGCAUGCCUGGGUGAGGCUGGAGCUGUGUGGGGCUCCUGAUCCGAUUUUCUGAUGGAGGGGAGGGCGGGGGCUAAUUCAAUACGGGAUGGGAGAUAAUGCACAUCGGUCAAUGCCCAUGAGAGCUGGCCUCAGUAGGAAAAUGCUUCAGGAGGAAAACCUUUUUUUCUUUUUUCUUUUCUUUUUUUUAAACUGCCUGGCACUUUUUGUGUGAUCUGCUGUAUUUUUAUUUGGAUUUUGCUGUUUAGCCUGUUUUUUUUAUCCUAGCUUUUUAUCUGCCGCAAGUUUUCUUUGAUCUGCUGCAGGGAUUUCAAACAUUCCAGGGGUUUGUGGAACAAAAACAGAAGUGCUAUUUUUUUAUAAAAGUUUAUUGGGUUUUAGUUACUGCAUAUAAAAUGUCACUAUUUUUUCAUAACUGGAAUGAGCAUGUGUAAAUUAGCAACUCAGGAUUUGCUCAGGUUUUUCUUGGUUUCUAGUAUUGUUCAUAAAAAUAAAUUGCAAUAUUAAUGACUGAUCAGAACAAAUUGACUGUUGAACCUUGUUACUAAUGAUUCAAAAGGGAUUUCUUUUAGAUGUCUCAUUUAUUUUCUGUAAUUAAAUUACUUACGAAUGCUGUACGUUAAGCAAGUAAUGACUGAUUAAUGUGGACACAGGUUACCAUUUACUUAGGCAUCAUGCCAUGUUUUGCAUAGUUUUUCCAAGUACAGUAUUGAGACAUUAAUUUGAGGUACAUUUAGUAAAUAUUAUGGUCUUCAUAUUUUAUUUGGUAAAUAUCAUGACCUAUACGUUUAACUGAAUAACCCUCCAUUGCCAUCUCCUUGCCCUCUUUUGUAUAAGUCGGAUUAUAUACUGUCAGUCUAAGAAUGAACACUGGAGAACAUUUCAGCUCGGUCAGUGAAGGACUGCUGUCUGGCCCAUCUGUCCUGGCCUGUGAAACUCAUUGGCUCAUAGUGUUUGAAAUGUAUAUGCUUUGUUAAAUUAUGCGUUGAUGGAAAGUGUGCACGUCAAUUAACAUUGUCUGAUUUUCUUCUGUUUUUUUGAAUGCUUGUUUAUUAAAAAACAUUUUCAGA